AUGUUAGAAAGCGCUGAAGAAAGAGGAAGGAUAGUUCGAUUUGCAAAAGAGCUUGGUGUUGAACCUCGCACUGCCCGGAGAUGGUGGAAACGUUAUCAGGAAACAAAUGAAGUGCCAUACAAACUUUCAAAAAAUAAUGUUGGCCGUCCAAGCUCUUUCACAACUGAACACGAGACAUAUAUUCGAGAACUACUUGAUAAAGAU